AGCUGUUUUCUCGGCUCUCCGGCACCCUGCCUCCUCGGCGGGCGCCGCCCCCCCGCCCGCACCCGAGGGGGGGGGGGGGCGUGCGGGGGCCCCCGGGGGCCCCCUGCGGGGUGGCGAUGGCCAUCGCCCAGCAUGCCGUGCUGAUGCGGAACGACGGCGUCCCGGUGACGAUGGGCAGCAAGGGACGGGGGCAGUGCGACGUCCCCAAGCUGCCGCGAGGCGUCGUCAUGAAGAAGUUCGCCACUGGCGUUGGCCACACGCUCUACGUCCGAAGCGACGGGGCCGCCGUCGGCGUUGGGGCGAACGACCAGGGGCAGACCCUGGUGCCAGCCCUCCCAGCCGAGGUAACCUACACCGAGGUUUCGGGCGGUCCAGACCACAUCGUGCUGCUUCGCAGCGAUGGCUCGGCCGUGGCGUUUGGGGGGAACCGCGACGGGCAGUGCGACAUGCCUAUCCUGGAGGGCGAGGUAACCUAUAAGCAAGCGUCCGCUGGUGGGAAGCACACUGUGCUGCUGUGUAGCGAUGGCUGUGUGGCGACCGCGGGUGCGAAUGACUGCGGGCAGUGCGACAUCCCAGACUUGUCGGCAGGCGUCUUCUACACGCAAGUGGCGUGCGGGAGCGAACACACCGUGAUGCUGUGCAGCGACGGCCAGUGCGUCUCCAUGGGCAGCAAUGCUCAGGGCCAGCUCAACAUCCCCCAGCUCAAGCCCAGCGUCAAGAGGUUUCCUGCAGCGGCCACACCACGCUGCUGCUCUGCAGCGACGGCUCUGCGGUCGCCGUCGGGGCCCACGACCACGUGCCACACUGCCUCCGCGGACGACCUACACGUCCGUCAGCGCCGGGCCGGAGCACCUGCCCGGCUCCUCCUGCGCAGCGACGGCAAAGCCGUCGCGGUCGGGGACAAGAAGGGCGGGCACUGCAAGGUUCCCGACCCGCCCGGCGGCGGAGACCGUACACGGCGGUCUCCGCCGGCCAGCAGCUCACGCUGUUGCUCUGCAGUACGGGCCAGGUGGUCGCUCUCGGAGCCAACAGCUGGGGCCAGUGCGACAUACCCGCGCUGCCGGCGGGGGCGCAGUACAUUCGGAUCCUCGCCGGGUCUGACUACAGCGUGGUCAUCAGCAGCGACGGCAGGGCGGCGGCGGCGGGGGUGCUGGCGGGCGACCCGUGCAAGAUCCCGCCACUCCCGGAGAAAAUCACCUACACCAGCGCGGCCGCGGGAGCGGACCAUUCGGUGCUGCUUUGCAGCGACGGCUGGGCCGUGUCGAGCGGGGAGAACCUUGCUGGGCAGUGCGACAUCCCGGAGCUCGAGGAGGGCCUCUCGUACACGCAGGUAUGCUGCGGCACGGAGCACACUGCCCUGCUGAGAAGCGACGGAACGGUGGUCGCCGUCGGCGGAAACGACCAGGGCCAGCUGGACGUCCCGCCCCUGCUGGAGAAGGUCUUCUACACCAGCAUAUCCAGCAGCGGCGACCACACAGUCUUCCUGCGCAGCGAUGGUUCUGUGGUGGCCUGUGGCGACAACAAUGCGGGCCAGUGCGACAUUCCUGAGCUGCCUCGCGGAACCGUGUACGUGCAGGCUUCCGCCGGAGCUGACCACACUGUGUUGCUGCGGAGCGAUGGCAGGGCCGUCGCAGUGGGCGGCACCGACGCUGGGCAGUGCGACAUCCCCGCACUCGAUCGGGGGCAGACUUUCAAGCAGGUCUUCGCCGGCCCCAAGCUGACCCUGUUCCUGCUCGGCGACGGCUCCGUCCUGGCGAGGGGGCUCAACGACAGGGGCCAGUGCAGCGUCCCGAAGCUCCCCAGGGGGUCGUGGUACGUGCAGGUGGACGGCAGGGCGGCCCGCGUCGAGGCGCCGGGCAGGGUCGCCCGCGAGCAGGUCGUGCUGGAGCCGGAGUUUGGCAGCGAGGGCCCCGCGCAGCAGCCGUGGUGGGCUUCCCUGUUCUGCUCGUGCGGCAGCAGCUGAGGGAGGCCCGGGCCUGCGGGCGGAUGUGCUCUUCGUCAACCCCCAGCGGGGGGGCGGGGGGAGGGGUAGCUGCGGGGCGCGGCGGCAAAGCACCCGCGCGUCGCCCCUGCCAGCGCUGCGUCAAGUGCCGCCGCGUCGUUCUGCGGGCGCCGCGCGGGCGCCAUGGCUUGCAUGGGUAGGCGCAGGGACCCGAACUGCAGGGUUCCGAACUGCUCAUGAUCAUCCAAUCAUCUUCGCCG